AUGCAAAUCAUUCGACUCUCCCUUUUCGCUGCCGCCAUGGCUGGCUCCGUUAACGCCGCCAAGCGUAACAUUAACUCUUGCACCUCAGCUGCCAGCGGCCUUAUCGAGGUCAUAAGCAAUAUGCCCACCGCUAACAAGACUCUUAAAAGCUUCCUCGCCAAGCAGACCGAUUUCGCUGACGUCGCUGAGUCCUGCAUUAUCCUAGCUGUUACUGGGUCCAUAGCCACUGCCUAUACCUCCUACGCCAAGUCUAUAGAGAGCUGGGUUUCUGAAUUCAAGGAGGAUCUUUCUAGCGUUUAUAAUGCUUGCAGUGAUAUCCCUGAGGUUCAGGAGCAGCUUUCUUCUUAUGCUAUUCCUGCUACCGCUUCUGCUACUAAGACUAGUACUGCUACUGCCAAGGCUACCAACUCUGUUACUGAAGCUGCCACUGGCUCAGUCACCGAGACUGCUGCAAGCACUGCCACCCCUACCAGCGUUGCUGAGAACUCUGGAGCUCGCGGUACUGGGCUUGGAGUUGCUGCUGUCGCCGCCAUCGCAGGCCUUGCCUUUGCUGGAGCUUACUAA